ACAGCUCUUAGGGAGCUGGGGGACCGAGGAAGAGGCCAAGAGAGGCAGGAAGAGUUGGCAAAGGAGUGGUAGAGAAGAUAAGGAGCCUGAGCCACCAAAGGGGACAGGAAGGAGGGGGAGCCGUCUUGAGAUUGGCACCUGGUGAGCUCUGCCCUGCCCACUCCAUGCAGUUUCCCAUGGGCCCUGCCUGCAUCUUCUUAAGAAAAGGCAUCGCUGAGAAACACCGGGAAAGACCACUGGGGCCAGAUGAGAUUGAAGAGCUCCGGGAAGCAUUUCUUGAAUUUGACAAAGACCGAGACGGGUUCAUCUCCUGUAAAGAUUUGGGAAAUCUCAUGAGGACAAUGGGUUACAUGCCCACGGAGAUGGAACUGAUUGAACUGGGCCAGCAAAUCCACAUGAACUUGGGUGGCCGUGUAGACUUUGAUGACUUUGUGGAGCUGAUGGCCCCCAAAUUGCUUGCAGAAACAGCUGGGAUGAUCGGUGUCCAGGAGAUGCGAGAUGCCUUCAAGGAAUUUGACGCCAACGGAGACGGGGAGAUCACCCUAGUGGAGCUGCAGCAGGCCAUGCAAAGGCUGCUGGGGGACAAGCUCACGCCCCAGGAGAUCUCCGAGAUUGUCCAGGAAGCUGAUGUCAACGGCGAUGGCACCGUCGACUUCGAAGAGUUUGUGAAGAUGAUGUCCCGUUGA